AUGAGAUACACAGAUAUAAGAACCGCGCAUGCGCGCCAUGACUCUAGAGCCUCCUCUCAUCCCUUGAACUCCUCCCAUCGGAAGACCCGUAUGCCUUCGUUGUUCAACCUCAUUCGCGGAGUUAUCUUCGCCUCCGCCAUUCUCUUUAGUAUAAUAUGUCUUGCCAUGGCGGGACAUUUUCAAGCCGUACUUGCUGCUUCAGACCUCACUCGCUUUGUACCCUUUGCUAUCUUUGUUUGCUCCGCCAGUCUCUUCAUCAUUACACUUUUACUUGGAUGCAGUUUAUUGCUGAGGGAUCGGAACCCCAUUUCUACGCGGAUAGAGAUCACUUGCUUGGGACUUGCUGGAAUUCUUUGGCUUGUGCUUGGUGUUUACCUGACAACGUCCGAAUCUCAAUCUGCCGACGUCGAAUGUUUUGCAUCCGAAACCGCUACCAAUCCAUUGGACGAUUCCGCUGCAAGCUUCCACACAGACCAGUACCAGGCCAUGUACAGAGUUUUAAUGAGCUUCGCCCUUGUCAACGCUGUUUUGCUUUUGGCCUCAUUUUCCGGGUUGCUCGGAUUGGCGUACAAGAAACAUAAACAGGGUGACAAACACAUGUGGUUAGGGCCUGUUACAUCUUGCGCGUGGUUCAACUCCUAUAGCAAGCCAGCUAAACGUGGAGGACGAAGCAAUCAGACUGGUAUUCUUCCCACUAAUCGCUCUCGGUCGCAACAACGAUACACAGAGGCGCCAGUGAGGAAGCACUCGAGCCGGCGUCAGGCUGAGGCUCCGCUCCCUCCUCCUCCUCCUCCUCCUCCUCCUCCUCCUCCAGAAAUGAAAGAGAAGAAACAAAGCUAUGCAGAUACUAGUCCUUAUCGAUCAAGACCCGAGCGACAGUUUACCAGCCGUUCUGCACCCGAGAGGCAGCAGUCGGGUCGUUCUACCAUGCCAGAAAGACAACGUUCUGGCCGUUCAGGGCCUGAAAGACAACAUUCAGGACGACGGCCGUAUUCUCCGCCGGGCGGUUCCUUGUCAGAAACAUUUGAGCAUGGUGGGAUGAGGAAUCCAAACCGGAACUUGGGCGCCAGAUGAUGCCUUUUUUUGUAUAUUUUUGGGUCGACCUAGGUUUAUGACUGACCAGCCAGAGUACCUGCGCAUGCAUGGCCAGUUGUGUAUAUUUUUAUGGAUUGGGGAAUAAAAAUUUGUAUGCUCCCUGGAGGUCAUCC